UUCCCUCCUUUGCCCUCCCCUCUUCUUUCUCCCUCUCAGAACCUUCCUGCAGCUGCGUUCGGACCUCGCUGCUCUAGGCUCCGGGACACGUCCCAUCCUUCCAGCCUGCGACUAGCAGUAUAGAAAAAAAAAUUCCAUAUCAUUUUCUUGCCCCCUACACAUCUUGAGGCGAGCAAAAAAUUUAAAAUAAAUUUUAACAAUGAGGGAAAUCGUGCACAUCCAGGCCGGUCAGUGUGGCAACCAGAUCGGUGCCAAGUUCUGGGAGGUAAUCAGUGAUGAACAUGGCAUUGACCCCACCGGUACCUACCACGGUGACAGCGACCUGCAGCUGGACCGCAUCUCCGUGUACUAUAAUGAAGCUACGGGUGGCAAAUAUGUUCCUCGUGCUAUCUUGGUGGAUCUAGAACCAGGGACCAUGGACUCUGUUCGCUCAGGUCCUUUUGGGCAGAUAUUCAGACCAGACAACUUUGUUUUCGGUCAGUCUGGGGCAGGCAACAACUGGGCCAAGGGCCACUACACAGAGGGGGCUGAGCUGGUUGACUCAGUCUUGGAUGUGGUACGGAAGGAGGCCGAGAGCUGUGACUGCCUGCAGGGCUUCCAGCUGACCCACUCACUGGGUGGGGGCACAGGCUCUGGAAUGGGCACCUUGCUCAUCAGCAAGAUCCGAGAAGAAUAUCCUGACCGCAUCAUGAACACCUUCAGUGUGGUACCUUCACCCAAAGUGUCUGACACUGUGGUUGAGCCCUACAAUGCCACCCUCUCCGUCCAUCAGUUGGUAGAGAACACAGAUGAGACCUACUGCAUUGACAACGAGGCCCUUUAUGACAUCUUCACCUUCAUCGGCAACAGCACGGCCAUCCAGGAGCUCUUCAAGCGCAUCUCAGAGCAAUUCACGGCCAUGUUCCGGCGCAAGGCCUUUCUCCACUGGUACACAGGUGAGGGCAUGGACGAGAUGGAGUUCACUGAAGCUGAGAGCAACAUGAACGACCUUGUCUCCGAGUACCAGCAGUACCAGGAUGCCACCGCAGAAGAAGAAGAGGAUUUUGGCGAGGAGGCUGAAGAGGAGGCCUAAGAGCAUCAUCACCGUAGCCUUCUCUGUUCCCUCAGCCUUCUUCCUCAACUGCCCCUGUCCUCUCCCUCAGAAUUUGCAUUUUCUGCCUCCAUCUUGUUUUUUGUUUUUCCUUUUUUGGAGGGGGGUUCCUAGAACAGUGCCUGGCACAUAAUAGGCGCUCAAUAAAUAUUUGUUGUUUGUUGAAUGUCUCCUCUCUUCCACUUUGGGAAAACCUAGAUUUCUGCCAUUCUGGGUAACCUGGUAUUCCCCUUAGGUAUACAUUUCUCUCAUCUGUCCAGUUGAUAUUUCCCUUUGUUUAAGAAGCUGGAAUUCAUUAGAUCUCAUUUAGAACCAUAUGCUGAAAACCCAGUAGAUGGCCACUAUCCUAAGCCCAUGUGGUAGCCCAAGGGAAAGGAAACCAACCCACCUCAUAACAGGUAGAGGUACCUAUAAGGGUUAGGGUUUUCUAUUCCAGAGCGGUUUUGGGGAAGGCUAUACAGGCUAUUGAAGUCCUGAUUUCCGGGAAUUUCCCUGUUAUUUCUCAGCUUUAGGGAAGGUGUUAACAGUAUUAUCUCCAUUUUUAGUCUCCUUCCAAGCUCUGUCCUGUUUCCUUUGUAGGGUUCUGCCCACUCUGUUGAGUGGGAUCCUUCCCUCUUCUAUGCAACCUCUUUCACAUGUUGGAUUCCUUUUCCCAUGGUUGGAGAAGGCCAAAAGGGGGAAGAGGGACUGACUUUGGUCCCUAAAGCCUCCAGAAAGGCCCUCCCCAUCUCCACUUUUUCUUACAAACCUAGCCCUGCCAUGUAUAAGGUGUGUAUUGCCACCUAAAUACUUGA